GCUCGUUUGGGACGUCUUUUCUCACAUCAUACCAUUGUCGGGCGUUUCUGUGGGGUUUCGUGUUGUUAGUAUUGCAUACGGCAUUCAUCGGUUGCGAGGGUUCUGAAUCGGCUCCGGCUUUGCAAGGGGAAUGGGCAGGCAUCAGGUACCUCAGGUAUCUGAUACCCCAGGCAGCACCCUUACUUACCUUACUUACCUUACUUACCUUACUCACUCCAGCCUGGGGGCAUGCCCUCUUCUCUCUUCCCUCUCUCCACACAAAGCCUGGGGUUGUUCUGUUCUGGUUCUGGUUCUGUUUUUCGUUAUGUACGGAUCUAACAUUUCCUCGGGUUGAUGAGGACUUUCAUCAUCGGUGUUUGCUGGCGGUGGCGUUCGGGGUGGUUCAGGAAAAAAAG